AUGGAACCACAGAAUCUUACACAUGUCUCAGAAUUCCUCCUCCUGGGCCUCUCAGAUGAUCUGGAUCUGCAGCCCCUUCUCUUUGACCUCUUCCUGUCCGUGUACCUGGUGACUCUUAUUGGGAACCUGCUCAUCAUCCUGGCUGUCACCUCUGAUUCCCACCUCCACACACCCAUGUACUUCUUCCUUUCCAAUUUGUCCUUGGCUGACAUCAGUAUCAGCACCACCACUGUCCCCAAGAUGCUAGCGAACCUCCAGACACACAACAAAUCCAUCACCUAUGCAGGGUGCCUAGCUCAAGUGACCUUUUUUUCUCUUUUUGCAUGUUUGGAGAGUCUACUUCUGGCAGUCAUGGCCUAUGACCGGUUGGCGGCCAUCUGUCACCCUCUACACUACCUGGUCAUCAUGAAUCCCCGCCUCUGUGGCUUGUUGGUCCUGGUGUCAUUGUCCAUCAGCUUUUUAACCUCCCAGCUGCACUACUGGAUGAUGUCACAGCUCACCUUCUGUGCAGAUGUGAAAAUCCCUCAUUUCUUUUGUGACCUUUCUCAACUCCUCGGUUUUGCCUGUUCUGACACCUCCACUAAUAACAUAUUAACCCACUUCAUUGGUACAAUAUUUGGUGGGAUUCCACUCUUAGGAAUCCUUUAUUCUUAUACUCAAAUUUUUUCCUCUGUUCUGAGAGUCUCAUCAUCAGGUGGAAAGUAUAAAGCCUUCUCGACCUGUGGCUCUCACCUGUUCGUUGUUUGCUUGUUUUAUGCAACAGGUCUUGGGGUGUACCUCAGUUCAGCCAUCUCCUCCUCCCCCAGCAAAGGUGCCACGGCCUCAGUGAUGUACACUGUUGUCACCCCCAUGCUGAACCCGUUCAUCUACAGCCUAAGAAACAAGGACAUCAAGAGUGCCUUGUGGAGAACUAUUAGGAGUAUAGCCUAA